UAAGACAAGGGACUAGUCAAAGAAAUGGACACCCUUUUAGGCAUUGUAUACAGCUCAUGUGUCGCUCUUCUACCUAUGCAUGUUUUAACCUUGCACUGUUCUUGAUUAGUAGUAGUUUUCCGUAUGUUAAGAGAACAAUUAUUGUUCGAUAUAGCUUCUCUGAUUAAUUUGAAUUAUUAGCUAGAAUCAAUUUGGACCUUGAGUUUCAAGUUUAAUCUGUUUCAGCUUUUCAAAAAACUUUCUGUGUGAGUGGUCUCAUUCUAUCAGAGUGUGUUCUUGUGUAAGCAGAUUUCUAUACUAUAUUCUGUUGCAAUUAAUGCGGGCUUUGGAUGUUUCCGCCUUGUCUAUUUUUUUUUAUCGGGUUAAGGCUUUGUCAAUAUCUGAUGUGCAUUUAAUGCUGUUUCAGUGAAGUUUCUGCCUAGGCUAAGCCAAUUGAGGGGGUUCCCAAUAAACCAUACCAUGCCUGAAGUAAGUUGGCGGGGUUCCUAUCUGAAGCCUUUUGAAUUCUUGAAGGCUAGACACAAGCGUUCCAACAGUGAUCCACUUCAGAAAAAAGUCAAGAAGAACAAGCUAAACACAAUCUUCGAAGCUGGCAAUCCCUCUAAGGAAAUGGGACGGACAAAGGGCUAUGCUGAAGCAAAGAAGAGCCAAACUUCAAACACCGAAGUUCAAAACUCGUUGAAGCAAGAGGACCAGUUUUUGGUUCGGCGUGCAUUGGAGAAGGCAUUAAGUCAUAGGCCAUUCACCUAUGAUGUAUCAGUUGAAAAUUUAAUCCCCAAGGCUGCCAUGGAAGUUAUCAAGGAGAUAGCAAUUUUAGAACUGGAAGUUGCCUACCUGGAAAAGUAUCUUCUCUCAUUGUACCGUAAAAACUUUAAUAAAAGAUUCUCGUCUUUAACGACCACAGAUGAAGUUUUGAGACCAACCUCAGUGGCACAUAAAGAAAUGUUUCCAGAAGUUCAGGCACCCUACAUGUCAGACAAAGAAAAUCUAGCUACUCAGACUAGUGAUCUGGAGUCCUCUCGGAAUUCAAUUGGAAAUCCUCCCAAGGAAUGCAGUGAUAUUUCGGGUACAGAGAAGCUGUUAGAUUCUAGUAUUCAUCGGAGCCACUCCUCACUCUCUCAGCGAUCAGCGUAUUCAGUUACUUCUCCACAAAAAGCAGUGGCUAAAGCUGUAGACUUGUACCAUUCUCUGCCUUUGUCCAUGUUGGAGCAAGCGCAGAUCGGUACUUCAGAUGGAUGCAGCUUGGCAGAGCAUCUCGGGAGCAGCAUUUCCCAUCAUGUUCCCGAAACACCAAACUGGCUUUCUGAGGAGAUGAUCAAGACCAUUUCAGCCAUAUAUUGUGAACUGGCAGACCCUCCCUUGAUUAACCAUGAGUCCUUGUCUUCUCCUGUUUCAAAUUCAUCUUCACAAGGUCAGGGUGAUACGUGGAGUCCACAGUGUGGAAAAUUUUCAUCCUUCAACUCACAUUUUGACAACCCUUUCAGCAUUGGGGAAUCCAAGGAAUUCAGUGGACCUUACUGCUCUAUGGUGAAGGUUCAAUGGAUUUGUAGAGAUAGUAAGAAGUUACAGGAUAUUGAACAUAAGCUGCAAUAUUAUAGGUCACUUGUUUAUCAGCUGGAAGAAGUUGAUGUUAGAAGGAUGAAACAUGAAGAGAAGCUAGCUUUCUGGAUUAAUGUACACAAUGCUCUGGUGAUGCAUGCAUUUUUGGUUUAUGGCAUUCCAAAAAACAAUCUGAAGAGAUUGUCCUUGUUACUCAAGGCUGCAUAUAACGUUGGGGGCCAGACCAUAAGCAUAGACACGAUACAGAGUUCUAUUCUAGGAUGUCGGUUGCCUCGUCCAGGACAGUGGCUACGGUUUUUGUUUCCUUCAAAGACCAAAUUUAAGGUUGUAGAUGCUCGAAGAGCUUAUGCAAUUGAGUCCCCAGAACCUCUUCUACAUUUUGCACUUUGUUCAGGAAGUUAUUCUGAUCCUGCGGUCCGUAUAUACACGCCCAAGAAAGUGUUCCAGGAACUGGAAAUUGCAAAAGAAGAAUACAUCCAGUCAAACUUGAGUGUCAACAAAGAACAGAAAAUUCUGUUACCAAAGGUUAUGGAGUAUUUUGCAAGAGAUUCUGAUGUUUGCUCAGCUGGUCUGCUGCAGAUGGUUGAGCAAUUGAUGCCUGAUUCCCUGAGGAAGAACCUUCAGCAGUCCUGCAACAGGAAAAAUGGGAAAAGCAUUGAGUGGAUCUCUCACAACUUUGCCUUCCGAUAUCUGUUUUCAAAAGAAAUUAGCUUAGUCAUAUGAUCUCUAGCCCCGUUUAAAUGCCUGAGAUCCUGCUGCUUUGCAGGUUUCGAAUGACAGAUAAAUCAUAACUGCCAACUUCAAUAGAAAGCCUGUGGCUUCAGUCUUCAACUCUUGAUCCUGUUUGAUCACUAAUAUCUCCAUUGACAAGGGUGUGAUAUGGCUGUCAUUCCUAAUUGUCUUUGAGUUAUUCAUCAUGUGCAAGCAACUAAAUGACAGAAUCAAGAGACAGGAGGGAAUCCCUGUUUGAAUUUUGUGUAUAAUGUUAUAAUAUAACUGAAAUUAUCUUGUUAA